AUGGAAGGAACAAGCAACUCUCAAAGAAAAGGUUUGCCACGUUCACUUCAAUUCCAAAGGAUGGAGCGUGUUGUCAAAGCCAUGCAACAUCCAACAGCAGGUGUGCCUGUUCGUAGUCAAAAAUUAUUUCUUACUACAGUUCCAAAUGCAUUUACGGGUAAUGAUAUAACAGAAUGGAUUAUGCAAAAAUUAAAUGUCAAAGAUUCCGCUGAAGCGCUUCAUUUUGCUUCGUUGUUGUGCUAUUUUGGUUAUUUUUUUCAUGUAACAACCAAUGGAGCUGUACAAAUCAAAGAAGAUAACGAAUUAUUUCGUUUUCAAGCACCUUAUUUUUGGGUUUCAACAAAUUGGACUACGGGAAAUACAGAAUAUGCUAUUUAUUUAAUGAAACGAACGUUACGAAAUCGUCAACGACACGGUCUCGAAGAACAUGAAAUUCGUGCAUUAGAAGAUUUAAAAAAGAAAUUGCUACAUCAAUGGGAUUUUGUAACCAUGCAAGCCGAAGCUCAAUUUCGGGUGCUGAAAGAUCGUAAAAAGACGGACAAAACUAUAAUAGAUAGUCAAGAACGAGCCUUUUGGCGUGUUAUGCGACCUUCACCGGAUGAAACGUCGGUUUUGGAAAUGGAUAUUCGUAAUGAUUUAUAUACAUUUCGAUCCAUGCGACGUGAUGAAGCCCUAAAACGUCGUCUUGAAUAUCUGCAACAGGCGUUAUCGAAUCGAGUACGCACAAAAUCGUCACAAACACAUCAAAGUUUGUGUGUAUUCUUUGAAGUAUUCAGUGAUUAUGAUCCAUUUCUGGGACAUUGUCCUCCGUCCAAUCCUUGGUUAACAUCAGAUACCGACCGAUGGAAUUUAAUGCAACCUUUAGUUGAAAGUCCUACGCAACUUCGUGUUCGUCGUUGGGCAUUCAAUUGCAAAGAACUUCUUUCCGAUCCAACUGGUGUUCGAGAAUUUAUGAAAUUUUGCAAAGCUGAGUUUUCAACUGAAAGUCUCAAUUUUUAUUUACAUGUUCAGGAAAUACGAAACUGUCCAUUAUCACAAAUGAAACAUAAAGCUGAAGCUGUCUAUCGUGAACAUUUAGCACCAAACGCACCACAGGAAGUUAAUAUUAAUGAUACCACACGAACGAAAAUAAUCAAACAAUUAGAAAAUCCUAGCCGUGAACUAUUUUUUGAAGCUGAAAAACAUAUCAUUGAAUUGAUGAAAAAAAAUAGUUAUCCACGUUUUAUUCAAUCUGAACAGUAUCGUAAUCUUUUACAAACUGCGCCGAAUCCUGUGCCAAAGAAAACGGGUAUAUUUCAUUUUGUUAAAGACAACUAUUUCCGAACAUCAUCGAGUAGCAGCGAAGAUGAAUAUGAUUCUGAUGAUUCAACUCAUAGAGGUGAAAAUACAACAGCUCUUUCUAAUAAUGCUGCAAAUAAAAAUCAAACUGGCGGCACUGCAGUAGCAACUACAGUAAAUGUUGCUGCUGCAGUAGCUGUAGUGAAUACAGUAUCAAACCAAUCAAGUGGUAAUGAUGGAAACAAAUUGAAUUUGCGUAAAUGA